CCUGCAGUAUCACCAUGACCGUCCACACUUUUCAGAUUGAAAAGCAAACGUCACAUCUGUUUACCCUUUUGGUCUGUGACAUAAAAUCCCAGUAAAACAUUGCGGUUUAUGGCUGCAGGUUGCUGCAUCUUCACAUCAUCAGAUGUGUCCCGCUCUGCCUCUAGGAGGGAGUUAUGCAGCAGAGAGUGUUUCAGUGUCUCUGCCUUUUUUCCCCUCAUCUCUCUCAACUUUCCCUACAUUGAACACUUGAACCAUAAAAGGAAACGCAGAUCUUCUCCCUGCGCCUGAAUCAGCAGCUCAAGCCGAGGAGGAGCUCCGCCGGGCCGGCAGGAGCCCGCCAGCCGCUCCGGAGACCCCCAAAGCCCCCGAAGGAGUCCGAAUGGACCCGAGCCUCCACCUGCUGCUGCACAGCGCGCGCCUCCCGCUCAAACCGAGCGAGCUCCGCACGAGCGCCCAGUUCAUCCCGGGAUUUAACCAGAACCAGAAGCGGGUCAUUUCUCCCCUUUUACAAGUUUUCCUCCAAAAACUCUUUAUACACAUUUAAAGAGUUCCCCCUGACUGGAUCAAAAACUCCUCCAAUCGGACAGGGCCGCCGGACCCCGCCGCGCCACUGGACCUGAGCCGGGCGGUGCCGGUGGGCAUGGUGCUGGCCUCCUUCAUCAUGUUCGCCAUCGUGGGGAACAUCCUGGUCAUCCUGUCGGUGGUCUGUAACCGGCACCUGCGGACCCCCACCAACUACUUCAUCAUCAACCUGGCCAUGGCGGACCUGCUGCUGGGCACCACCGUGCUGCCCGUGUCCGCCACCCUGGAGGUCCUUGGCUACUGGGUGUUUGGUCGGAUCUUCUGUGACAUCUGGGCGGCGGUGGACGUGCUGUGCUGCACGGCCUCCAUCAUGUCGCUCUGCGUCAUCUCCAUCGACCGCUACGUGGGCGUGCGCUACCCGCUGCAGUACCCCAUGGUGGUCACCAGGCGGCGCGCGCUGCUGGCCAUGCUGGGAGUCUGGAUCCUGGCGCUGGUCAUCUCCAUCGGGCCGCUGCUGGGCUGGAAGCAGCCGCCAUCACAGGACGACACGGUGUGUGUGAUCACAGAGGAGCCUUUCUACGCUCUGUUCUCGUCGCUGGGGUCCUUCUACAUCCCGCUGGCCGUCAUCCUGGCCAUGUACUGCCGCGUCUACGUGGUGGCCAAGCGCACCACCAGGAACCUGGAGGCCGGCAUGAUGAGGGACCGCGCCGAGGACUCCAACGAGCUCACCCUCAGGAUCCACUGCCGGAACCAGCAGAUCCACGACCUCUGCCCUCCCAGCAAGGCCGCAGGGGGCGGAGCCUCGGCCGGCCGCGGCGCUCUCACCGUCAAGCUGCUUAAGUUCUCGCGAGAGAAGAAAGCUGCCAAGACGCUGGGCGUGGUGGUGGGCAUGUUCAUCCUCUGCUGGCUGCCCUUCUUCCUGGUUCUGCCCAUGAGCUCGUUCAACAGCAGCCUCCGACCUCCAGAGACGCUCUUCAAGGUCAUCUUCUGGUUGGGAUACUUCAACAGCUGCCUGAACCCCAUCAUCUACCCCUGCUACAGCCGCGAGUUCAAACAGGCCUUCAUCCGCAUCCUGCGCUGCCGCUGGAAGAGCAAGCGGCAGGGCUGGCAGGCGUACUACAACUACCGCUGCCAGCAAGGGUCAAACACCUCGUCCUUCCUGAACGGCAGCCAGCAGACGCUGUCCUCCGCCGGCCAUAGCCCCUGCUGCGUUUCCGCCAAGCUCCGCCCACCGCCGUGGCCCUCCGCCGCCAAGCACCCACUGCCCGGUUCGAAGCAAAGGCCCGGUCCGUCCCCGCUCGCAAAGGAUGGCGAGAGGCUGGGGGCGGGGUCAAUGGCCUGAGAAUCACCAUAGAGGAAGAGGAAAGACACAGAGGAAACGCCCUCUGAGAACAGACAGGAUGUGAUGUCAUAAACACUGACCAAUCAGGUGCUCAGUCUCAAGGACGCACCUGGCUCCUCCAAUUCCAGGUGUAGACUGAGAACUCCAGGCUUUUAUUGUGAAGGAAGCAAUUAAGACCAUGUAAAAACAGAACCAGAUCAGAUCUGCAUUUUAUUUAAUUUAAUCAGAGAGUUUUUAUUAAUAGGAGAUAAAUCCUUUAUGAGUCAGUUUAUCUGCUUAAAGCUGUAAAAUAAAUAAAGCAAAUAUACGCCGA